UCCUACUGUAACCAUCCAUAAAGAUUUUUAUAUUAACCUUUUGCUGUGAGGCAUUCCAUAAGUUUUAAAUAAGUGGGGGCAAGUAAAGUGAACUUUUAGAUUUUGUUUUACCUUCCUGCAGCAGAUUAGCUGUUGCGUGUAGUUAUUAUGUGUGUGUCCUUGGUAUGUAACGACUAGAACUCUUGGCCUGAUUGUAAGAGGCAUGUAGAUUCAGAAUCUGAAGGGAGAAGCUUCACAUUGUAAGUACCACUGGAGCUGGUAACACAUUUCUUAAACAAGUCCCCUUUGAGGUGAGGGAUGUAGUCUUUACAGGCUGGACAAAAUGAAUCCUGGGAUACAAAAUAUUUAACAGGAAAUGCGGCAGCUCUCCUUGAGCUUCACCAUUUGCCUUUUGUCCUCUGAGCGCUUUCCCAUGUCACUGACACACUGCUGCUGUUUUGUCUCUAAUGAAACUUAGCUCUUAGAGAGAACUUCUGCAGAUCUCUUUGACAUCUUCUAGGUAUGACAGCAAAAUUUUAUAAUUGUUAUCGAAGUUUUAGCAAAAGAGAAGCUAAAUCCUAUAGAAUACUGAGAAGGAAUUAAAACAAAGUAUGUACCAUUAUGUGUGGAGAAAGUGUCAUGCUUUAAGGUAGUGUUAAAUAAAAUACUCUCCUAAAUCAUACUAAAAGUUUUGGAUUAAGGUGUGUAAAGCUUCAUCUGGCAAACCCCUCAGAUGGUUACUAAAAUUAAAGAUGUCUAGAGAUGUUUCUGUCCUUUUGUGCAGGAUAAUACAGUCAUUCUGAUUAGAAGAGUUUAACUGCAAGGAGCUUCGGUGCUUGCUUUGACUUAUGAAUUCUUUUAUAUUGCUUUAGCCACUGAGCCAGCUGCCAUUAGAGGAGCUCUCAUUGGGUCGCCUUGGAGGUGAUCCUGGAGUUGUUACCUAUACCUGUACUGUAAUCAGUGAUCAUUUUUUCUGUGUCAUGUUGCCUGUGAUGUGUGUCUUUAUUAUUAUUUUAAUUUGUUUUACGUGUUUGAAAGAGAGGCAGAGGUGUUUUUAUCAGUGGUUCACUGUUCAGUUCAGGCAACAGCUGAGAGUGAGCCAAGCCAGAGCCUGGAGCUAGAACUCCACUUUGAUCUGCCGUGUGGUAGCAGGAGCCCACGUACUUGAGCCGUCACUUGGUGCCUAGAAUGUGUGUUAGUGAGAAGCUGGAUUGGAAGUGGAGCUAGCAUUUGAACCCAGGAACUCCUGUUUGGAACUGUGGGCAUCCCAGGCGGUGACUUAAGUGCUGUUCCAAAGACUUGUACAGUAUAUUGUUUGAAUUGAUUUUAUAAAGGUUCCCCCCCCCCCCAAAUAGGUGAGUUAUGCUAUGAAUAAAACUCUCAAGUAUUUGGGAAAGCCAGAGUUUAAGAGCCAUAGUAUAGGGCAGUUAACGAAAGCAAAUGCUUUAAUAUUAGUUUAAGCAAGUAUGACUGUGUUAGCUGAAUUUGAUGAUGUUUUACAUAGAUGGGUGUUAGGAUUGAUGUUUCUGUUGACAUAAUUUUAUCAUGAUGUUUAUCUGUAGGAGGAUGUUUUAGAAACAGAUUUUACUUGUAAAGCAUGGGAAUGUAAGUUCUUUAAAAAGUUCAUUUACUGUACUUUAGGUAUUGAGAAGUUGAACAUUUGAAUUUAUUUUGAUUUCUUCUCUUUCUUGACAUUGAAAUUAUGUCAGUUAGGAAUGCAUUGUUAUAAAAUUGACAUAUUUUUUCUCCCCUAAUACAGAAGCCCCACCAUGAGGCGAGGUGGAUGGAGGAAGCGAGCUGAAAAUGAUGGCUGGGAAAAAUGGGGUGGGUAUAUGGCUGCCAAGGUUCAGAAGUUGGAGGAACAAUUCCGAUCGGAUACUGCUCUGCAGAAGGAUGGGGCUUCCUCUUCGAUUUUUAGUGGAGUGGCCAUCUAUGUUAAUGGAUAUACAGACCCUUCUGCUGAGGAAUUGAGAAAUCUAAUGAUGUUGCAUGGAGGUCAAUACCAUGUAUAUUAUUCCAGAUCCAAAACAACGCACAUUAUUGCCACAAAUCUUCCUAAUGCAAAAAUUAAAGAAUUAAAAGGGGAGAAAGUAAUCCGACCAGAAUGGAUUGUGGAAAGCAUUAAAGCUGGACGCCUGCUGUCCUGCAUUCCGUACCAGCUAUACAGCAGGCAGUCCUCUGUGCAGAAAAGUCUCAACUUCAAUGCUGUGUGCAAACCCGAGGAGCCUCUGCCAGGUCCAAGUAAUACAGCCAAGCAACUCAACAACAGGGUAAAUCAUAGAAUAAAGAAGAUUGAGACAGAAAACGAAGUAAAAGUCAAUGGACUGAACUGUUGGAAUGAAGAAGAUGCAAGUAGUGAUUUUAGCUUCGUGGACCUGGAGCAGACCUUUCCGGGAGGGAAUCCUAACGGAAUUCCACAUCGUGGAGGCAGCAGUGCCAUUUUUAAUGGACACACUCCUAGCUCUAAUGGUGCCUUAAAGACGCAGGAUUGCUUAGUGCCCCAAGGCAACAGUGUGGCCAGCAGGCUUGCUCCAGACUCUGCCCAGGAGGACGCCACUGAGAACAGCAGCGCUGCUUUCAGAGACUGCACAGCGCAGCAGCUACAGCAAAGCACCAGAAGCGCAGAGGCCUUGCGGAUUCCUCACAGAACUAAUGCUUGCUCUUCAUCUUUGCACAAUAACAUUAAAAUCAAUGGUGCUCACCACUCCACUGUUCAGGGGCCUUCAAGCACAAAAAGCACUUCUUCAGUACCUACUGUUAGCAAGGCAGCACCUUCAGUGCCGCCAAAACCUUCAGACUGCAAUUUUAUUUCAGACUUUUAUUCCCAUUCAAGACUACAUCACAUAGCAACAUGGAAGUGUGAAUUUACUGAGUUUGUCAACAUGCUACAGAGACAAAGUAGUGGUAUCUUUCCAGGAAGGGAAAAAUUAAAAAAAAUGAAAGCAGGCAGGUCUGCCCUUGUUGUAACUGACACAGGAAAUAUGUCAGUAUUGAGUUCACCCCGACACCAGAGCUGUAUAAUGCAUGUUGAUAUGGAUUGCUUCUUUGUGUCAGUCGGUAUACGAAAUAGACCAGAUCUCAAAGGAAAGCCAGUGGCCGUGACAAGCAACAGAGGCACAGGCAGGGCACCGCUGCGCCCUGGUGCUAACCCCCAGCUGGAGUGGCAGUAUUACCAGAACAGGCUGCUGACAGGCAAAGCAGCAGAUAUACCAGAUUCAUCAACAUGGGGUAAUCAAGAUUCUGCACAGACCAACGGAAUUGACAGUGUUUUGUCAAAGGCUGAAAUUGCAUCUUGCAGUUACGAAGCCAGACAAGUUGGUAUUAAAAAUGGAAUGUUUUUUGGGUAUGCUAAACAGCUGUGUCCUAAUCUUCAAGCUGUGCCAUAUGAUUUUGAUGCAUAUAAGGAAGUUGCCAGAACAAUGUAUGAGACCUUGGCAAGUUACACUCACCACAUUGAAGCUGUCAGUUGUGAUGAAGCACUGGUCGACAUCACGGAGAUCCUUGCAGAGACCAAACUGACUCCUGAUGAAUUUGCAAAUGCUGUUCGAAUGGAGAUCAAGGACCAGACGAAGUGUUCAGCCUCUGUUGGAAUCGGUUCUAACAUUCUCCUUGCUAGAAUGGCAACCAGAAAAGCAAAACCAGACGGACAGUACCACUUAAAACCAGAAGAUGUGGAUGAUUUUAUCAGAGGCCAGCUCGUUACUAAUCUACCAGGAGUCGGACGAUCAAUGGAAUCUAAGUUGGCAUCUUUGGGAAUUAAAACUUGUGGAGACCUGCAAUAUAUGACCAUGGCCAAACUCCAAAAAGAAUUUGGUCCCAAAACUGGUCAGAUGCUCUAUAGGUUCUGCCGUGGUUUGGAUGACAGACCAGUUCGAACUGAAAAGGAAAGAAAAUCUGUUUCAGCUGAGAUCAACUAUGGAAUACGGUUUACACAGUCCAAAGAGGCAGAAGCUUUUCUUAUGAGUCUAUCAGAAGAAAUUCAAAGACGACUUGAAGCUGCCAGAGUGAAGGGUAAACGUCUGACUCUGAAAGUGAUGGUGCGAAAGCCAGGAGCCCCUGUAGAGACUGCGAAAUUCGGAGGCCAUGGGAUUUGUGAUACCAUUUUCAGGACUGUAACUCUUGAUCAGGCAACGGAUAGUGCGAAAAUAAUUGGAAAGGCUGCAUUAAACAUGUUUCACUCAAUGAAGCUAAAUAUAUCAGAUAUGAGGGGGGUUGGAAUGCACGUGAAUCAGUUGGUGCCAGCUAACGUGAAGCCCUCCGUGUGCCCUAGGCGCUCGUCAGGUCAGUCGAGCCACCACCCUGGUGGGUCCCAUUCUGUCCGUAAUCUCUUUCAAGUUCAGAAAGCUAAGAAAUCCACAGAAGAGGAGCACAAGGAAGUGUUUCUGGCUGCUGUGGACCGGGACGCGCCGUCUGCCUCUGGAGCUUGUACUCUGCUGCCCUCUGUUUCUACGCAUCUGCCAGCUGCUCCCAGUCCUGACACGAGCAAGGGCGAGGCUUCGGGGAAAUGGAACGGUCUGCAUUCUUCCCUCAGUGUGCAGUCAAGACUUAACCUGAGUAUAGAGGUCCCAUCACCGUCUCAGCUUGAUCAGUCUGUUUUGGAAGCACUUCCACCUGAUCUCCGGGAACAAGUAGAGCAAGUUUAUGCUGUCCAGCAAGGGGAGCCCCGGGGCCCCCCAAAGAAAGAACCAGUGAAUGGCUGCAGCACAGCAGUCCUGCCGCAAGGAGUUGGGACAGUUUUGUUGCAGAUACCAGAAGCUCAGGAAUCAAACAGUGACACUGGAAUAAAUGUAAUAGCCCUUCCAGCACUUUCACAGGUGGACCCUGAGGUGUUUGCUGCCCUUCCUCCCGAGCUGCAGAAGGAACUGAAGGCAGCUUAUGAGCAGAGACAGAAGCAAGGAGAGAAUGCCACUCACCAGCAGCCGGCUGGCACGUCCGUGCCAAAGAACCCGUUACUUCACUUAAAGCCAGCAGCAGUUAAAGAAAAGAAAAGAAGUAAAAAGAAAAACUCCACCAGUCCCCAAAAGAAGAUCCAGAGUCCUCUGAAAACCAAGCUCAGCAGUCCUGCAAAAGCUCCACCGGGGGCCUGUGGGAGCCCCCGGAAGCUAAUGGAUGGAUUCCUAAAGCAUGAAGGCCCUGCUGAGACACCCCUGGAGGAACACGCUCUUUCUACAUCAAGUGUGCAGCCUGAGCCAUGCGGCAGUGGGAGACCUCCAGCACCCAAUCUAGCUGGAGCUGUCGAAUUCAGUGAUGUGAAGAACUUGCUCAAGGAAUGGAUAACUACUAUUUCAGGUUGGCUUGUCCUGUGUAAAAUGAGCAGACUGAAGGGUAGUGCUGCGGUCUGUCCCGUGACCUCUGCACACAUGCACGCACACAAAGUCGUAUUUGUAACCAGCUACUCCCGACAUGGCAGAUUUGGAAUUCUCUUACGGUUGCUUCCUUUGAUAGCUCUGCCUUUGUUUUACCUGCAGGAAGUUAACAUUGGUCCUCAUUGGAGGUUUUUCCCCUCUCUAGAUCCGAUGGAAGAAGACAUCCUGCAAGUUGUGAAAUACUGUACUGAUCUUAUAGAGGAAAAAGAUUUGGAAAAACUGGAUCUAGUUAUAAAAUACAUGAAAAGGUUGAUGCAGCAGUCGGUGGAAUCUGUCUGGAAUAUGGCAUUUGACUUUAUUCUGGACAAUGUUCAGGUGGUUUUACAGCAGACUUACGGAAGCACAUUAAAGGUCACGUAACGACUGCCAGGGAGCCCCGGGCUCUCCACUAGCUGUGCCAUAAGUGCUUGUGAGGUAUUUGCAAAGUGCAUGAUAGUAAUGCUCGGAGUUUUUCAGAUUUCUUUUUAAGCAAGUGUUUUUGUACAUUUCUUUUCAAAAAGUGCCAAAUUUGUCAGUAUUGCAUGUAAAUAAUUGUGUUCUUUUACUGUAGCAUAGAUUCUAUUUACAAAAACAUUUGUUUAUAAAGUUUUAUGGAUUUUUACAGUGAAUAAGUGUUUACAGUUGUUUAAUAAAGAACUGUAUGUA